AGGUUUUCAAGGAUGGAGGUCAAGAAACGAAGUCAGCGGAGUUUGAAUUUGAUCUUGCGAUUGAUUUAACUUGUUCAAAAUGACUGACGAAAAAGUGCUCAUCGGUGUAAUUGGCGGUAGUGGCCUUUACCAUCUGGACAAUCUGACCUUGGUGAAACAUGUCAAUCCAAAGACCCCAUGGGGCUUUCCGAGCUCUCCUAUAGCCAUUUGUGCUCUACCUUCUGGCAAACAGGUCGCGUUCCUGGCCAGACAUGGCGUAGGACACACCAUCCAUCCUUCAACGGUACCUUCACGGGCCAACAUCUCUGCUCUAAAAUCCUUAGGCGUUCGUGCCGUUCUGGCUUUCUCGGCCGUGGGUUCCUUGCGUGAAGAGAUAUCUCCCGGAUCAUUUGUCCUUCCAACCCAAAUCAUCGAUCGCACAAAAGGUGUCCGCCCUGCUUCCUUCUUUGAAGGCACAUCCAUUGUCGCGCAUGCAUCCUUCGGCGAUCCAUUCAGUAACAAGUUUGUGACCUGGCUGGAAAACCGGGUGAAGAAGGCUCUUGACGCUGAAGGUCGGGACGUCAAAUUGUUUACGGAAAAGUGCAUCGUGUGUAUGGAAGGACCUCAAUUUUCUACUCGAGCAGAAAGCCUGAUGUACAGACAAUGGGGCGGAGACCUCAUCAACAUGAGUGCUCUUCCUGAGGCCAAGCUCGCUCGAGAGGCUGAACUUAGCUAUGCUCUCGUUGCGACUUCCACAGACUACGAUGCUUGGAGACCAGAUGAAGGAACCGUUACUGCGGCUGAAGUAUUUAAAACACUCACCCAAAACGCAAAUACGUCGCGCCGUGUUGCAGCGACAAUUCUCGACGACAUUCACGAGGCGUUCGCCGCUGACGGAGGUGACAUGCUCGAGGAAGUCGGUAGGAUGAAACUUUCCAUUAUGCCUAGAUCAGUGGAGCAAAAUGUAGAAGACAGGAGGAAGCUUGCAUAUGUACUGCCAGAGUAUUUCUCCGGGGAUCAAUGACUCCUCUACUAAAUAGUAAUACAGUGCCAACAGGCACUUCUCAUCACCCGAUCAACCGUAAAAAGUACAAAUUCUUAGAAUUUUUUCAGAGCUUGUAGUUAACAUCGGAAUAUAGCCAAAUUAUGC